AAAAGAAAGUUACAUAGUGAUGCAACAUAUAAUCACACCCUCUCUUCCCCUCUCCCUCUCUCUCUCUCUCUCUCUCUCUCUCGACUGCAAAUAAAUAAAAAGAAGAUCUAUCGAUGGAGCAGCCGUCGCCGAACAGCCGCAGCUCCACCAGCUCGACGAGCAGUAGCACCACCACCAACGGCCUCCACCACCCCGCGGCGGCGGUUCCCAUAACCAGAUCCGAACCCAACAACCCGUACCCGACGACCUUCGUCCAGGCCGAUACGUCCUCCUUCAAGCAGGUGGUACAAAUGCUGACCGGGUCGACCGAGACCGCGCGCCGCCCCGACCCGGCCCGACACGCGAUCCCGCCCAUCAAGACCGGGCCCCGCAAGGACAAAUCCGGAUCUAAGCUCUACGAGCGGCGCAACAGCCUCAAGAACUUCAAGAUCAGCCCGCUGGGGCCGGGGAUGGUCAACAUUCGCCAGGGUCUCGUAUCCGGCUCCGGCUAUUCGGGCUCACCCCGACCCGGAACCCCUGAGAUUCUCUCGCCCAGUAUUCUUGAUUUCCCGUCGCUGGCGCUCAGCCCGGUCACGCCGCUGAUACCCGACCCGUUUAACCGGCUGUCGGCUGCUACCGGCGGGUUGGAUACCGCGGCGGAGGAUAAGGCGAUUGUUGAGAAGGGUUUUUAUUUGCACCCGUCUCCGGCGAAUACUCCGAGGGCUUCGGAGCCCCGGCUUUUACCCCUGUUUCCGGUCACUUCACCUAGAGUUGCCGGUUCCUCAACUGCUGCGGAAUCUUGAGUGAGUUUUUUUUUUUUUUUUUUUAAUUUUUGAUAAUUUGGAGUUGAUGAGGGAAAAUGUACUGUUAUAUUAACUGUUACUGUAAUUGCCGAUUCAAGGAGGGGAAAAGGAGAUGAAAAAAAAAGAAGAAUUAAUAAAAAAAAAGAUUCCAACUUUGCUUGAA